AUGGAGUCUGUCAAGAACGCUGCCAACUACGUCGGUGACAAGGUCAACGAGGCCACCUCUGGUGCUUCGAAGGAGGCCAACAAGAACGUCGCCAAAGACUCUGAUGCGUCCCUCGGCACGCGCGCCUCUGCUGCCAAGGAUGCUGCCUCUGACAAGAUUGACGAGUCCAAGAACUCUGCGUCUGCUGAGACCAACAAGCAGAAGGCUACUCAUUAA